AUCACCAGUUCACAGAUACCGAGUUCAGCCCAACUCACUAAGAAACCAAAAUGGCCCCUAAUCACACCCUUCCCCCUCUUCCCUACGACUACGAUGCCCUUGAGCCCAUCAUCUCGAGAGAGAUCAUGGAACUCCACCACAAAAAGCACCACCAGACCUACGUGAACAACCUCAACGCCGCUCUCACCGCGGAAGCCUCCGCCCUCGACAGCAACGAUCUCACCCAGAUCAUCAGCAUCCAACAGAAGCUCAAGUUCAACGGGGGCGGUCAUAUCAAUCACUCUCUCUUCUGGAAGAACAUGGCUCCCUAUGACUCCCCAGCUACCAAGGUGGAGCGGUCGGCGCCAACUCUCUUGGCCGCGAUUGAGAAGCAGUGGGGGUCACUCAAGAAGUUCACGGAUGCGUUUGAGGCCGUGCUUCUAGGGAUACAGGGCAGCGGAUGGGGCUGGCUGGUGAGUAAGGGGAAGAAAGGGUUUUUGGAGAUUGAGACCACGAAGGAUCAGGAUCCGGUGAUGGGGUCAAUCCCGGUGUUGGGCGUGGAUAUGUGGGAGCAUGCUUAUUAUUUGCAGUAUCAAAAUAACAAAGCCAGCUACGCCCAGAACAUCUGGAAGGUGAUCAACUGGGAAGAGGCAGAGCAUCGGUAUGUGCAUGGCGUGCAGGAUAUUGCCAGUGUAAAGCUGUAG